GAUAAUGCUGAUGUUGAUACAAACGAGCGAAGUGAUCCGGAAGUGUCGGAACAUAUAGUUUACACUUGUAGAGGAAUUAAAACACAUUUUAAAGAAGCAAGUAUUCCAAAUCAGGUGCACACUAAACAUUUAUAUAGCAGAGUUAACACUACUGACGAUAACGUGAAAGUACAUUCCAUGGAACUCAGACAGUUUCCAAACACUAAUGAACAUUUAAUGAAAUUAAGUGACACUGAAAAGUCUAUUUUUGUGUCGGAAGUAUUAGCCGAUAUAGGGAUUACCGAAGAAAUAGUAGAAACAAGAAGAAACACAUGGCUGGAAAUAGAAAGCAUUAAUACCCUAUAUUGGCGCCUUAAAGAUGCUAAUGUGACAUGUUAUCAUUUUGGCAGUCAAUCUGAGGGAACGACUACUUUUGGGUUAGAAUCAGAUGUAGACAUCUUGAUUGCCCAGAAUGACUACAGGAUCAUUCUGGACAGUAAUGAAUGGAAACAAGGCUUCGAUACUCUUGUGGUUCACAAACAAGAAGAUACUUCUCCAGGAUACUGUAAACUGUUAGCCAUGAAUAGUCAAGAACCCAUUUUAAUGACCGAGGUUGAAGACGAUGAGAUGUACGAACAAGGUGAAGAUGGUAAAGUGUAUCUAAAAUGCGCCUUUCUGCAAGAUCAUGUACAUGUCAAUUCGGGUGAACAAGUUCAUGGACCGGCCUGUAAUCGAAUGAGUGCUGAAAGAGGUAUUGAUGAAGACUAUGUCAAUGCAUAUUAUUGUGCCCACCUUCCAUCGGAGGCAAUGGGUUGGAUAGAUAGAACAAAAGAUAAACCUUGGCCAAAGGAUGAUGUACGGAAACGGGUUAUUCAAAGUGGUUGCUUUAUAGUUGCAGUUGGACAUAAACAGAGCAAAGACUCAAGGACUGAGUUCAGGAUGUCUACCACAUUGGGAGAACGGAUACUAAUGUUUGACAUGAACAUUUCACAAAUAAAGUGUUUUGUUCUUAUGAAAAUGCUCAUGAAGACCAUUGUAAACGAACAUUACAAGGACGCUAUAAAGAGUUUCUACUGUAAAACAGCAUUGUUUUUUGUAACAGAGCAAUAUGGGAAAGAAAUGUUUAGAGAAGAAUGUAUAUUGGAAUGUCUAAUAAAAUGUUUACAAUUGAUCUACCAAUGCCUCAAAAAUGGAUACAAUCCCCAUUAUAUGAUUGAAAGUCUUGAUAUGUUUGAAGGCAGAUUAGAUGCCACCCUUAGGGAAAAGGUUGGAGAGUGUCUCAAUGAUAUCAUGGCUAAUCCUAUUGUAGCCUUGCUUAAUAUACCGUUUGAUGAUUAUGGAAGUAAACUCUAUAAGAGAAUUAGGAACUCUAAUACUGAUAUAUCUGAAAUACAGGACAGCAUCCGUUCGAAAACUGGGAACUUUCUUUCUAGAGCUUUCGUUUUGUGGGGGCUUAUAGAGCCAUCGUUAUACGAAGAUCCGUUGGAUAUUGAUCUAGAACAUCAAAUAGAAUCAAACAAGGAAAAACUAUCGCGUUGUAAAAUAUUGCACACACAAGGGGAUGGUUUCAUGCAAAAGGCAACGAGGCGAUAUAUAUUUAUAUUGCGAGCUAAUUUAAGCAUGCUUAUGUCAGCCGAAGCAAUUCAGAAAAAAUGCAAACUGUCUGAUUCUGUUUUACAAAGCCUCAAACAAGGAUCUUCAACCGACGCUGUUGCUGGUCGUCUGAAGUAUGCUACCAUUCUUAUGUGUGUGGGUGACAUAACAGGAGCAUAUGAACUUUUGAAAGAAGUAGAAACAGCGUACAGCGACCUCGCUGUGGUAUCGGUAUGUACCUGUUCAGAACUUGUUGAGUAUUUACCGAAUUCUGGAUUAAAAGAAAAGGCAUUAACAUUUAUAAAUACAGGAGUUUUAUAUGACCAUUUCUGUUAUUGCUUACUUUUUGUUGAAACACUGAAACCGUGUUUUCCAAGUGGAUGGCUUGAUGCAAUAUUCCGACCAAUAAAAUCAGAUGAGCAACAGUACAAUGCGGAUGACGUAAUGGAAUAUGUGAGCUUGGAUCCAAAGCCAUAUUUCUAUUUCAUGGAACUGAUGAUACAACAGGAAUUAAACAAUCAAACCAAAGCACUAACAGCAUUCCAGAUGCUCGAAAAAUGUGUUUCAGAGGAACCAUUGUUUCACAAGGAUACGGCACUGUUUCUACUCAGUCAUGCUUUACAAAUGAACGGAAAAGUUGAAAAGUCAAAGAUUAUUUAUGAUGAGGCCUGUUGCUUAAGAAAACGUAAUACAGGUUAUACGAGCUCUCAUGUGAGAUAUAAUAAUUAGCAAGAGAAAACUGAAAAAACAGCGAAUUUACAGACCAAACAUUAUUUAGUAUCAUUUCCAUAAGUUAAUUUAUAUUUGCAUAAAAGGAAAAACAGACAUUAUGCAUUGAAUUCUAAUAGCAUGAAUAUUGCGUAUUAGGACGCAUCAAACGCACGGACCAGAACUAUGCUUGUAACAUGUUUAUUACUUUCAAUUGGGAAUACAUUUAAGAUGGGUAGUAAUAAAAACUUUCAGCGUAUCAUUUACCUUUAAAAUUUAACAACGAAGCACAUUCAUAUGUAUACAUAAAAUAUGUACUGUAGCUGUAAUUGCAUGUCAUUAAAUUCAUAUUGGUAUACGAACAUCAAAGGCAGUAUACUGUUUGUCAUGAAUACCUUUCAUACACGGUAAUUACAUCCUGUAUCGACUAUCUACUGGUAUACACAAGGACUGUAUUGAAUUUUAUGGUGAACCCGGUUUCUAAUCAUAUCAUUUAAAGGAGAAAAUAUUACAUUAUUGAAUUAAAUCAAUAAGAACCGUAAAGUGCGUAACGUGAGAUGUUAUUAUUUCAUUGUAAAUUGAUAUAUAUUAAUACAGUUUUACAUUGGCGGCGAUAUGAUCCGGUGUAAAAUUGUCAGGAAAAAAAAUGCGGAAAUAGAGAUCAUCUGUAGAGUUUGCUUAUUGUUUGCUGUUUCCUAUUUACUGAGCAAUGAAAACAAUGGUCCAGUUAAUGCUAUAAUUCAGGAUAAUCAUUUAGUAAAG